CUUGCUUCAAUGGUGGACGUUCCAUGCCUUCUGUUUACAUCAAUGCUUCGUAGUUGUACAGUGUUCCAGUUAGAGUGAGCAGGCAUCCAAAGUAUCAUGACCCUGAAAUCAAAGCAGCUAAAUAAGUGGUGACCACAAAGCCUGAUUAAAGGGAUAAAUACACCCAGGCCAUUACAGAGAGAGCUGUAAUGGCUUACUCGCAGAUCCGACUGAAAAUUCUCCCCAGCGUUCGAUGUCUCUUUGAUAAACUGGUGCAGGUACGAGUAGAGGGACUCACUCCUUACAAACAAGUCAAACUGAGGUCCAGACUAGUUGAUGACGGAGGGCGGGUUUUCAAGGCUUCUGCCCUGUACAAAGCAGAUGAAACAGGCCAGGUGGAUGUCUGCCGUGCACCCUCUCUGGGAGGAAGUUACACCGGAGUGGAGCCCAUGGGCUUGUUUUGGGCCAUGGCACCGGAGAUUCCACACAGUAAACUCCUGAAGAAGAAUGUGCUCAGCCCAACACUUGUGGAGAUCGAGGCGAUGAGUGCAGAGACUGGUGAGCUGUUAGCUUCUGAAACCAACGAGAGAGGAUACAUGACAGAGGGGAUGAAGAGAAUACCUGUGCAAGAGGGAAGGAUACGAGGAGUCCUCUUCAUACCACCAGGUGAGGGUCCAUUCCCAGGAAUAGUGGAUUUGUACACAUUUGGUGGACGUCUCACAGAGCCCAGAGCCAGCCUGUUAGCAAAUAAAGGGUUUGUUGUACUGGCACUGGCCUACAUGGGCUAUGAGGAUUUACCAAAAAAACCUAAAAAGUUGGAUUUGGAGUACUUUGACGAGGCUGUGACAUAUCUGAGGAGACAGCCAGAGGUUAAAGGUCCGGGGAUCGGCAUCAUAUCGAUCUCUCACAGUGGCGGUUUGGCUCUGUCAAUGUCCUCUUUCCUCUCUGGGAUCUCAGCGACCGUCUGCAUUAAUGGCUGCAACGCAAAUACUGUGAUUCCUUUACACUACAAAGAUCUCAUUAUACCACCACUUACCCCUGUCCUGAAGAAUAUUAAAUUCACAGACUCUGGGCUUUUAUAUGUACGUAAUGGCUUACCUGACCCUUCUUUGGAAAAGAACAGGGCGUCACAGUUUCCAAUUGAACGUGCCAGCUGCCACUUCCUGUUUGCUGUUUCUGAAGACGACCACAACUGGAACAGUGUUUUAUUUGCCAACCAGGCUGCUGCUACGCUAAGAAGUCAUGGCAAAGAGUCUUUUCAGGUUGUUACAUACCCUAAAGCUGGACACUUUUUGGAAGUCCCUUACAUGCCUCAUUGUCCCUCUGGGUUUCAUCCAGCCGUAGGGAGCGAGGUGACAUUUGGUGGGGAGCCAAAAGCCCACUCUGAGGCUCAGCUCGAUCUGUGGGAACGAGUCCAGCAGUUCUUCAAGAGCCACUUGGACAACAAGAGUAGGCCUACUUGUUAGCUAGCAAUGCUGAAUCAAGUGUAUCAAGCAUGCCAGAAGGGCUGUCGUUAGUAACACUUAACACUGCCUUCAGUUUCUAAUUAAUGACAUUUUCAAAGGUGUACUUAAUGAUACUUAACGAGUACCAGCACGGAAGGUAAAGGAGCCAUCGUAAAUUACCUGCUUGAUAUGUACAUAAACUAUGUUUUAAAACUAUGAGAAUGAAGAGAGGUGAUUGAAGAUGAGAAAUUAUUGUAUAUGUAUGUAUAAAUGUAAAUGUAAGUAGGAAUA